AUGUCUGUUGAUCUUCCCCCGUCGUAUUCAGCCACGACAGGUGGGCCCACAUCUGCCACACCUGCCUUUCACACGAAUGCAGUCAUCGAAGCCAGCCAUGUUCGCGCCCGAGAUGAACAAGAAAUGCAGUUUUUACUGCAGAACGUCCAGCAAGUAUCUCACAUCUUCAAUCCGGAGAUAGAGCCGGAGCACGACACAGACUAUUACUGCAACUGUCCCAUUCACCGGUAUAUGAACAGAAAGAUUAAGCGCCUUCAUGUGUUGGACCUAUGGUCCAAGGCUGUGAUGUACCCGGGUGAGAAGACAUAUCACGACUGCUACCAAACGAGCUGGUUCACAGGAAACCCGUAUGCAAUCGGGGUCAUCUCUCCCUAUGGAUUCAGUGGCGCAUCCCUCUAUGGAACUCAAAGGCCGGACCCGACUUAUCAUGCAAAGUCGAUCCGACAGACAAUUCGGUUGAAUGAAGUCCUGAACGCAAAAGCACAGGCUGCUGUCAACGGCCAGGAGCCGCCAAUCAAUAUUUGGGAGACUAGUCAGCUUGAGGCCUCGAUGUCGGACAUGUCAAUCGCCGACUCGGCUUCUAAUUCAUCUGGUCAUCGCUCAAAGCCAUCGAAAUUUGCUGGGCUCAAGCGGGCAUUCUCAAUCAAAUCAUCCGAGGAGAAAGAAGCCAUCAAAGCCAGAUCGCUGAUGAAGUUGCGCACCGAAAUUCUCCGUGAAGAGUGUGGAAGAUGGCCAGAUGAGACGUCGCGGAAUAUUGUGAUCACUUAUCAGGCGAAGAUGGGUAUGACUGAGAAAAUAUCCGAACUUCGGACUCACUGCCCUCUUCAAUACCUUCACUUACUUCGAGCGGGUUACUUUGAGCCUAUUCCCGUUGCGUGGGCGGACUUGGCUUCAAAUCCUCUCAAAUUCUCCAUUGAUGCUGCCUCUGGAUGGAGAGGCAUCACCCCGACAUGGAGAGGAUACGAAGACACCGCCGAGGAGCGUCUCUACUGGGUAUUGAAUCAUAGAGCAGGGAGCACAGGGGCUCGACUGAAGCCCGAUAUCAUAUCAGCGCUGGACAUGGCUCGGGCUCGAAUGGCCUCUGCAGUCGAGCCACCUCCUGCCUAUUAUGCUGCCGAUGAUGUCUGCCAUGUUCAACAUACAUCCAAGGGCUAUUCACACCAAGUGAUGCCUCCACCCUUCAGGCCAUUCGAUGGCGUCGAAACUCCCUCGGAUGACACCAUGAUCUUGCUGGACGUUUCCGGCUCCAUGGAUUUUGAGCCCAUGCGACCGAACUACAAUCACUAUCUCAUCACCGGCUAUUCGAGAUCAACUCAACCCAAAAACAAAGAUGUGGCAAAGUCAAUCAUCCGCCGGUUCACCGACGCAAUGGCCAACCACGACCAAAAUUGGCAAGGCUACGAACUGACCACAUUCUCAAGCAAUGCCGACCACAUUGGCAUCAUAAAUCACUGGAACUUUGAAGAAAUGUGGAAGUUCGUCGCAUUUGGUGGCCGCACGCGAGUGAUGACCGGCUGGCAAAAAGUGAAGCAACUCCAUUUCCAAAAACAUUCCGAAUCAGCAACAUACCAUCCAAUCUACGGCUGGCAAGCUGGUCCACAGACCCCGAAGCUGCGGCUACUUCUUCUACUUGAUGGAGAAGCGAGCGAUAUGGAUGAAUUCGAGCUUGAUCUGUUGGGUCUCUCUUGGGUUCAUGUUACGAUUUUCUUGAUCGGUGUUGACGGAUGCCCCCACCACCAUCGCCAUGCAAAUGAGCUGCAGCGAAUCAGUGAAGUGAAUCCCCAUGUUUCGUUUGUUGAUGCGCAGGGAAAUGCGCCGGAGAGGUUCAUCACUCAUGAAUUGCUCAAGCGACAUCUUGGAUAUGAGCUUUCGAUGACUGAGUUUGAAGACUUAGAGCACCCACCUCCCUACUCUAUCUCUGCAGAUAAUUAG